GCAAGCUGACUGUGUGGGGGAGAGAGUGAGACACAGUAAUAAGAGAGAGAGACAGAGACAGUGAGAGCCAGUGAAAUAGUGAAAUAGAGGGGGGGCUGGCAGAAUAAUGUGGGAAAGUAUACACUGAGGGACUACCCAAACCUGAAGAAGACUUUUAUGACAACGUUUAUGGGAGACCAGGAAAGGGACCCCAACCUGUGGAGACCAUGGGCAGCCCCACCCCCCCUGUGCCUUCCCUCAAUGUCACCGAGUCAGCCAACACAUCAUGGUCCGGGGCGGCUGGCGGGGAGCCAGGUUACAGCGAGGUGGAAAUGGUCCUCCUAGGCAUGUUGAUGUCACUGCUGGUCGUAGGCAUCGUGUUCGGCAACAUCCUCGUCAUCAUAGCCAUCUACCGGUUCCAGAGACUGCAGAACAUCACCAACUGCUUCAUCACCUCUCUGGCCUGUGCCGACCUGGUCAUGGGUCUCAUCGUGGUGCCGUUCGGAGCCUGCUACAUCAUCUUCAACACCUGGCACUUUGGCAGCUUCUGGUGUGAGUUCUGGACCGCCACUGACGUGUUGUGUGUGACGGCCAGCAUCGAGACGCUCUGCGUGAUAGCGCUGGACCGUUACCUGGCCAUAACCUCUCCGUUCCGCUACCAGUCUCUGCUGACCAAGUGUAAGGCACGCGUGGUGGUCCUGCUGGUGUGGGUGAUCGCUGGACUCAUCUCCUUCUUACCCAUCCACAUGAAGUGGUGGAUCAGUGACGACGCGGAGGCGAAGGCCUGCAUCCAGAACAGCAACUGCUGUGACUUCAACACCAACACAGCCUACGCCAUCACCUCCUCCAUCAUCUCCUUCUACAUCCCCUUAGUCGUCAUGGUGUUUGUCUACAGCCGCGUGUUCCAGGAGGCCAAGCAGCAACUACGCAAGAUUGACCGCAGCGAGGGGCGCUUCCACGCCCAUAACAACAACAUGGCAGGAGGAGGAGGAGGAGGAGGAGGAGGAGGAGGAGGAGGAGGGGUGGAGAGUAACAACGAGAGCCGAGGAGUUGGAGGAGGCUUCAGGAAGACCAAGUUCUGCCUGCGGGAACACAAGGCCCUGAAGACCCUCGGGAUCAUCAUGGGGAUCUUCACGCUGUGCUGGCUACCCUUCUUCGUCCUCAACGUGGUGGUAGCCAUCUGGAAGGUAGGGGACAUCGGACUCGCCUUCAGGAUACUCAACUGGAUAGGUUACGCCAACUCUGCAUUCAACCCCUUGAUCUACUGCAGGAGCCCUGAGUUCAGAUACGCAUUCAAGGAGAUCCUGUGCCAUCAAGAAGGUCCGGUUCCCCAACAUAGGCCUACUAAUGGAUAUGUGUACAGCGGACACAGCUGGCAGAGUGAGCAGCAGGGAGGGAGGAGUAAGGGGAGCUCGGAGGACAGGGAGGACAGUGACCCAGCUGCAGACGGGUGCUCGGGGCGGGGAGGAGGCCGGUGGGUGUGGAGCUGCAGACAGAACGGACCCGAACGGGAACUGCAGUAAAGGGUUAACGACUGUACUUUAACCCCUCAUAUUUGAUCUCUGGAACAGACAGACAUAUUUCAUUGCCAUCGGCCAUUGUCACUUCACCAAGUCACUGAGAUAAGACUGGAUGGAUGGAUAGAGGGUGAAUGGAAAUUCCUGUGUUGUUGCAGAGCUGAGCCCUGUCCAGGCCGAUAAACAGGGGAUAAAUCCAUUAUCUCCGCUGUUUAGCCGGGGAAUCAGAAGACUCCCUCCCUUCUAAACAACAGCUGCAGGCAAGGAGCGAUCUCAAGAUUGGGAUGUUUAACGUUCCCCCAGUCUGCCAGACAGUUAGCAGGAAGAACAAGUCUCUAAUGGCACAUCUAUUCCCCACACUCCUCAAGUGUCGGUGGCUGUGUCCUAAAUGCUACCUGAGUUUACUCACCAUAAGGGAAGUACUUUUGACCUGUGCCAUACUGUAUGGUGUGUGUUCACUGUCGGCUUCUGUCAACAGUAGUGCAUAAUAUAGUGCAUAGGGGUAUGAGUCAGCCACAUGAAGAGAGGCAAAACAACAUUUAUCAGAGGUGUUGUUUUGGAUGUAACACCCCUUCCUCUGACCAGCCAGGCAGCUCUAUGAUCUACAGCUUGAUCACACUGCAGAUGCGAAAGGAGAGAGUAGGCAAAUUUUAGCAGAGGCGUUGUUUUUGACAUAGCCCCGACCACUUCCCCUAGCUGUUUAAGACAUAACCCCGACCACCUCCCCUAGCUGUUUAAGACAUAACCCCGACCACCUCCCCUAGAUGUUUAAGACAUAACCCCGACCACCUCCCCUAGCUGUUUAAGACAUAACCCCGACCACCUCCCCUAGCUGUUUAAGACAUAACCUCGACCACUUCCCCUAGCUGUUUAAGACAUAGCCCCGACCAUUUCCCCUAGCUGUUUAAGACAUAACCCCGACCAUUUCCCCUAGCUGUUUAAGACAUAACCCCGACCAUUUCCCCUAGCUGUUUAAGACAUAACCCCGACCAUUUCCCCUAGCUGUUUAAGACAUAACUCCGACCACCUCCCCUAGCUGUUUAAGACAUAUCCCCGACCAUUUCCCCUAGCUGUUUAAGACAUAUCCCCGACCAUUUCCCCUAGCUGUUUAAGACAUAUCCCCGACCAUUUCCCCUAGCUGUUUAAGACAUAUCCCCGACCAUUUCCCUUAGCUGUUUUUCACAUAACCCCAACCAUUUCCCCUAGCUGUUUAAGACAUAACUCCGACCAUUUCCCCUAGCUGUUUAAGACAUAACUCCGACCAUUUCCCCUAGCUGUUUUUCACAUAUCCCUGACCACUUCCCCUAGCUGUAAACAGUCUUGUGAUCAACAGUGUGCUAUGACAAUAUUAUAACCACGCUAAAUGUAGCUACUGUUGGCCAGGCUGUUUUCUACCUGUCUAAAACAGUUUUAGUGGCCUGUGUGUUGUGGCUUUGCGUCUCAAGUGUUGUCAACUGAUGGUGUUGAAACUGUGAACUUUGUUCUUUUGGAUGAAUCUCUUUGUCCUGUACUGUAGCUUUGGCCGGCGCCAAUUGUUGUCAAAAGCCCUCCAGCACAAAAAAUAUGUCAGUAUGGGUCAAUGUGUGAUAGCAAAUAAACACCGUUUUUUUAUUGGAUUUAGCUUUUUUAUUCCUAAAUAAAUGAUAAAAAGCAUUCAUUAUUUAAAUGUUUAUUGUUGUGUGGAAUGUGCAAAUCUAGUAACCCGACCAUCUCACUACAUUUGCAGCAGCAGCCUACAAAAACUGAAAAGUAUACAGAAAAGACCCACACAUUGAAAAGAAAACAUGGUUUUAGACUUGGACAUAAAGAACCCAUAUUUGAAUAAAUGCAAAUCCAGAUGGUAUGCAUUCCCCUGUAAAAGCGUGCAUGUGUGCUUUGUGUUUGUCUGUGUGUAUUGGACAUUUCAGUGCGUUUCUUUAAUGCUGUGGUCUUUGUGUCAAAAAAGAAAAGCUUCUAAAGAGGAACAUCUAGCAUAAACAGGUCAUCUACACUGGUCUCUCCUGGUCCUCUCCUGGACAUCUACUCUGCUCCCUCCCGGUCCUCUCCUGGACAUCUACUCUGCUCCCUCCUGGUCCUCUCCUGGACACCUACUCUGCUCCCUCCUGGUCCUCUCCUGGACAUCUACUCUGUUAAUUCGGAGUCCUCUCCUGGACAUCUACUCUGGUCCCUCCUGGUCCUCUCCUGGACAUAUACUCUGCUCACUCCUGGUCCUCUCCUGGACAUAUACUCUGCUCACUCCUGGUCCUCUCCUUGAUUAUCUACCUUGCUCCCUCCUGGCCAUGACCUCUCCAUGCACCUUGGCUCUGUGUGUGUCAAAGUUCAUCAUGGUGUAUGUGUGUGUGGGUGCACAUGUGUGCAUGCUUGCAGGGCCAGCCCUAGCCUUUUGGGCCUCUUCCAACUCACGGGCAAAACAUUUUAGUGGCUCCCCUCUUGACAGUGGAGAGAUUGUUUUUUGUGUGUUUUUUUGUCAAUUAAAUGCAAUUUAACUGCAAUUCUACACAUUUUGCCAAUAGGGCAUUUAAUUAUUUUAUUAAACACGUCUGCUGCACCUCGAGACAUUGGGUGGAGAGAUAAAUGUGCAAUUUUACAGCAAAUGUCCUGCAUUUCUACACAAAAACUCCAGAUGCACAGCCAAAUUUCGAAAUUACACCUUGUUUAUUGUACUGUUCUAACGCUCAACAUUAACCUGAGACCCUGACUGAGUUCCCAAAAACUGGUUGCCUAUGUUUCUUAUACCUAGGGCCGGCCCUGUGUGUGUUUCCUAAAUAAGGUGGUGUAGUAUAAAAUCUGUGUCUCUAGACAGCCAAACUGAGAGAGAGACGAUGUCAUUAUGUGCAAUGAUUCUAGAACCAACUAGCUGACUCUGCAGCAUUCAGCCUAGCACCAUGUAGGGGUUGGGGGGGGGCAUUAGGACCACCCACACACACACACACAUGUCUACCAACAUGAACUGCUAGACAUCAUACACUUAACUACUGCUAAGUUAGUGAAUCAGGUUCCACUACGGCACAAAUCAAGGUGUAUAGUUUGUGUCCACAGUUUAGUCGGAUGUUAUGAAAUGCUUACGUACAUUUCUAGUUCCUGACAAUGCAGUAAAAUGUCGAACAAGUACACAAAUGAUAAUAAAACAUUUUUAAAAAGUUAAACAAAAAAAAGAUAUCAAGAAAGUCAGGACAAUUAACAACCCAAAUUGCCCUGUAAAAGUAAUGUAGAUGCAAUCGAUACGUAUAUACACAGGAGGAUUUACACUAGAUCUACUGAGAAUGAUAUGUGCAGCAGUACAUACUGUAUAUUAUCAGUGGUUGAAAAAGUACCCAGUUGUCAUAUUUGAGUAAAAGUGAAGAUACUGUACCUUAAUUGAAAAUGACUCAAGUAAAAUUGAAAGUCACUCAUUAAAUUAAAAUACUACUAAAAGUCUAAAAGUAUAUGGUUUUAAAUAUACUUCAGUAUCAAAAGUACAUGUAAUUGCUAAAAUAUACUGUAGUAUCAAAAGUAAAAAGUAUAAAUCAUUUCAAAUUCCUUAUAUUAGGCAAACCAGACAGCACCAUGUUCUUGUUUUUAAAAUGCACAGUUAACCAGGGACACACUCCAACAUUCAGACAAUUUACCAACAAGGCAUGUGUGUUUAGUGAGUCAGCCAGAUCAUAGGCACCAGGGAAGACCAGGGAUGUUCUCUUGAUAAAUGCAUGAAUUGAACUAUUUUUAUGUCCUGCAAGGCAUAAAAAAUGUAACAGGUACUUUUGAGGGUCAGGGAAAAUGUAUGGAGUAAAAAGUACAUUAUUUUCUUUAGGAAUGUAGUAAAAAAAAAGUUGUCAAAAAUAGAAAUAGUAAAAUAUAGAUACCUCAAAAACGACUUUUAAGGAGUACUUUAAAGUAUUUUUACCAAGGUACUUCAGUAUCAAAAUAUCACCACUGAUAUUACUGAGCUAUGUCAAGAAUCCGGUGUAUAAAUAAAUAUGUGAUGUGUAUAAAACAGUGUAACUAAACACAAAGUACAGUAGUAGAAAUAUCAGAAUGAGCUGUGUCGGGAGUACAGUAUUUCAAUUCUCAAUGUGAAACGUGAAACGUCCAGUGGUUCAAUGUAUUUACAACACUGGAUAGCACCGGCGGCUGCUUGUAUGCCUGCGCGUGUGAGUGUAUGUGUUUUGUGAGUAUGAGGGGUGUGAUAGCUUGUGUCAGUGAGUGCAUCCCCUGGUAAACGGCUAGUGAUGGCUGUUCAGGUAAUAGAAGCUGUUUUAUUUGUUGUUGUUGUUGUAGUUAUUUGUUGUUGUUGUUUUAGUGUACAUAACUGUGUACCUAUGCCAGUGUCUAGUCAUUAAUGUUUAUGCUACCACAGACUAAAUACUCUUAACCUGCAUCCCAAAUGGCACCCUAUUCCCUACAGGGCCAAUAGGGCUCUCUUCAAACGUAGUGCACUACAUAGGCAAUAGGGUGCAAUUAAAGACCGUUUUUUGUCACAAUCACACUUCAUACAUCAAAUAGGCUUAUCUGUAUCUGUAGGUGGACUUGCUGUGUGGUCUGAAUGGAAGUGCUGUACCAGUUCAAUGUUUACUAUAUGUUUCUUUUCAAGAUAUUUUGUGCAAGAUUUUGUCACUGUUUUGGUUGGGCUAACGUCCCAAGAUCUAAUGUCCUGUGGUAUUUAUGAAAUGCUCUGAUGACGUUUGGAGUAAUAAAUUAUCUUUUUGUUGGAUGUUA